CCAAGGCUGGGAAGCGAAGCCGGCCGCUCGCUGCAGCGGCAGCUCGGCGGGAGCCCCCCGGCCUUGCACUGAUGGGUACUAUGGACUUUAAGACAGACCCCAGUGCAGUAACCAUCAAUCUGCUGCUCAUUGUCCGCCCCGAGGAGGCACCGAGCAAGGAGAAGGGGCAGCGAGAGGGGCACAAAGGAGGCAGCCGAGGCGCAGGUUUGGAGGAUUAUGGCAAUGGAAACAGCAACUCACAGCCACCUCAGAGGACAGAUCUUAACGGCUGGCCUGUCUCCAGGAAGCCCUGGGAGCAAACAAAACCCAUCACCUCGGUCUCUGACAAAGGAACCCAAGUGACAGUGGAGAUUCAUCCUGAGGAUACCUCCCGCAAACCCAUCAGGAUACACUCCUUGGAAAAAGGUUCCCAGCGGCUUCCCAGCCUGAGAGGACACGACAACAAAGGUUUCCAGGGAACCGAGGCCCCGCAGUUACCGGGACCAAACGACCUGCAUGCAUAUCCAUGGGACAAAUCCUCUUUUAAAUCCCUGCCAGUAGAUCUGCAGCAAUUUCAGAAGCUGGAUGCCUACGCAUUAAAAGUGAACGUCAAGAGCAGCGUGGAGGACCUUGUCAAAGCCCUGCUUAAACAAGCCCGGACUGACCUGGAAAAGGUCCGAGCCAUAUGGAUGUGGAUAUGCCACCACAUAGAAUACGACGUCGUGGGCUACCACAACAAAAGCCAGCGGUUGAGCGAGGCCAAAGACGUGCUUCAGAUGGGCAAGAGCGUUUGCGAGGGCUACGCCGGGCUCUUCGAGCAAAUGUGCAGUAUUGCAGGGGUCCAGUGCAAGAAGGUGUCGGGACACUCCAAGGGACACGGGUACAAGAUAGGGCAGACCUUCACAGAGAAGUCUGACCAUGCCUGGAACGCUGUCUACAUUGAAGGAAGGUGGCAUUUGCUGGACAGCACCUGGGGAACUGGUUUUGUUGAUGAUUCUGUCACCACGUUCACCUACAGGUACAAUGAGUUUUACUUUCUGACUCAUCCGGCUCUGUUCAUUAACACUCACUUCCCAGAUAACAGCAACUGGCAGCUUCUGAAACCCACCCUGACGCUGAAGGAAUUUGAGAGCAGCAUGCUGUACAACAGCAGCUUCUACUCGUUGGGCCUGCUGGCCUCGCACCCAGAGACACCCAUCAUCCAAACAGUAAAUGGAAAAGCCUCUGUAUCCGUGGAUUGCCGCUCUAACAUGUUAUUUAUGUUUGAGCUGAAGGGAACAGAUAAACACGGUUUAAUGACUUUGAAAAAACAUGGAAUGAAGUUGGACAUCUACCCCCAGGAGACAGGGAGGCACAACCUGAAGAUCUUCGCCAAGCCCUCGAAAGCUGAGACUUCGGAACGUGCCUACGACUGCGUGUUGGAGUACGUGGUGGAGUGCGAGUCCGUGGACAAGGCCACGUGCCUCCCAAAGGACCUGCACCAGCCCGUGGGGCCCAGCUGGCUCUCAGAGCGCCAGGGGUUCCUGCGACCAUCCCACCGCGAGCCCAUCAUCCACACUAACGACGGGCGCUGCUCCCUCACCUUCACCCUGGGCAAGGACAUCAGCGUGCUGACCUCGCUGCACGCCGACGGCAGCGGCCCCGCCGAGGACCUGAGCAGGCAGCACAUCAUGCAAAUCCUCCGCGGGAACCAGAUCGAGCUCAAGGUCCACCUCCCGCACGCGGGGAACUUCGUGAUGAAAAUCUACUCCAAGAAAAGGUCAGAUCCUGGUAGCUAUGACUACGUCUUCAACUACCUCAUCACGUGCCUGAACACGGAGGUGAAGUGGCCGGCCUUUCCCCAGCGCUACAGCAAGUGGAUGGAAGACUAUGAAAUCCUGGAGCCGCUGUCAGGCCUGCUGCCCGCCAACCGCAACGUCCAGUUCAAACUCAAAAUGCACGGCAUAGCCAAGGUGCUGGUUCAGGCUGAGGACACUUACCCUCUCACCCACAACAAAGGCUGCUGGGAGGGAACCUGCAACACCUCGGGGUGCAGAGAGGUGUCUGUGAUGGUGCACGAGAACGCCAACCACAGCUUUUACUCAUACGUCCUCAAAUACAAAGUUGAGACCCAGUAACAUCCACUCCUUGUUCUUUCACUCACCCGCAUGAACCAACCUUCCCAAAAUGCCCCCAGCCAACAAAGCUUUAGGAGAUCACUCAUUCUCUCAGUAAAAUCUGUUCUUUCAACAAAUGGCAGGACAACACUUGCAGGCUUUUGCAAGACCACGGGCUCAAAGACGGUCAGAGAGACAAAAAAUCCUGUUAAGGAGGGAGCAGCAGGGGAAGAUAUGAGAUAAAAAGCUCACCUAUGUUUCAGUAACACUGUCCAGACCAAUAUCUUGAAGAAAACAACUGACUGGCCACAGGUCAUUCUUUGCCAAGAGUGAUUAUCAGUUUCCAAGUUAUGGACCGUUAGAAAAGUCUUACAAGGGCUACUCCAAGAAGAAAUCACCUAGUUAUGGGGCAGGAUGAAGGAAGUGCACCCGACUUUUGAGCAAUAUUGGGCACAAGGAACUUCAGGAUAUUUAAUCCGAGUUUCUGUAUAUCUUUAGUCAGUUGUAUAUCCAAGGAGAGAGAGAAGUGUUAGGAAGAAGAUACAACAUGAAAUUUCCUUGUGCACUUCAUUGUCUUACAGAUUUAAGUGAUGCUGCGAAAUUGCUUUUUACACUGACUCUUAAAUACAAUAAAUAUUUGCAAUAUACAAUAUUACAAUUGUAUAUACAAUACAAUCAUUUGUACCUUUUUAUAUUACAGUAUUGUAAACACUUUUUCUGCUGUAAUUAUAUCUCAAUCAUAUAGGUGUUUCCAUAACUAAAGCUACAGUAAAAUGGAGAAAUAAGUUCUCAGAAAUCACUCCUUACUCCAAUCCAUCUACACAACACUGCAACUAAAAACUGAUGGGGUUCUGUGGGAUAGCAAGCUGAGUGUUAUUAUCAUGUAAAAACUAUUUGGUGCUGUACUCUUGUAAACCUCUCCCCCCUGGUGCACAAGGAAAGGGGGGCUUCUAGCGAAUCCCACCACAAAUGCAUGUCGUAAGACAGAGCAACAUUUCCCAAUUGAUUGAGAUGUCAGUGAGAAUUAGCAUGACCCAAAUGAUACUAUGUUUGAGCUUGAAUUGAAAAUAAACCUGUUAUGUUUUUGCACUCU